GUUCGUCCCGACGAGUUCGCUUUUCUGGUCCGCAAGGAACUGAACACGCGGAUACCGAUAACAGUUGGUUUAGAAUGUACUCAACCCUCGCUUGUUUGUAAUAUUCACAACCCGUAUUAAGACCUUGGCAUUCCUUUUGCAGAAUGGUUCUAGUUCUAAAUGGGGUCCUACAAGAAGACUGUCCUCCGGAUACGCGAUCUCUCUACCACACCCACCCCGUAUAUAGAGAGACCGCAGCACAACUGUUGGCUGUGCCGAACAAAAUAAUUGGACCUGUCGGGUUACUGUAUGUCCAACAACGGGAACUAGCCGCUACUGUUCCCCAUGACAAAAAUGUAAGCAUUCUCGGAGCUGAUGAUGUUACCACUUGCCUUAUCGUGGUAGUUCGUCAUUCUGGUUCUGGUGCAGUAGCGCUAGCUCAUCUAGAUGGCUCUGGAACUGAUGAAGCAGUGUGCACAAUGGUCCAAAGAGUACAGGAAUUAGCUCUGGGAUAUCCAGAAGGCCGCAUAGAGUUGCAGAUAGUAGGAGGAUUUAGUGAUCCACGACAUUAUUCCGAUGAACUAUUUUAUAAUGUGAUGAGUUGCUUCCAUAAACAUCCGAUGGAGAUAGAUUUGACACUGGCCUGUGUCGGAGAACUGAAUACGACUAUAAGAGGCGGAAUUCAUUGGCCUAUAAUUUAUGGAAUAGGCGUUAACAUAAAGACUGGAGAGAUUUUUCCUGCCACAUUUCCAGACAAAGGUCCUGACCAAGCACUACGAUGUGCGAGAUAUUUAACUGGAGUGCCGCAGGUCUUAGACAUAUAUGACUGCAAUUUAGGACUGCUAAGGAUUGGACCAUUUAACUAUGAACCAUUGAGAGGAGUAGACUUGUGGUUAGAACAAAGUGAUGAUUUCAUUCUACAACAUCUGUCAACAUGUCCAGAGGUGGAACCUCCUCACUUUGUCAUGCAGAUUCGAGCCACACUGAAGUAUAUCCAGGAUAACCAGUUUCCGGCAGUGACUGUCUUUAGGGAUAAUCGCCCUCAUUACUACAGAAGAGACGAACAUUCCGGUACUUGGACUCCAAUAAGAUACUGAUCGUAUUUGUAAUAAUGUUUUAAAUAAAAUAUAUUUUUACAUUAUUCUCUGUUAGGAGGUGUAUAAAAUAAUAUUUUUUGUUGAUCGGUUGCCAUUUAUAUAACUAAUGUUGAUUGCUUUUGAAAUUUAUUUAGUUAUUUGAAGAGAAUGUAAUCUAGAUAGGUAAUUAAUAAUUGUUAAAUGUGUAAUAUAUAUCUUUUUAUUUGUAAUUUACGUUCUGUUAGUUA